AUGGCUCAAGCAGGGUUAACUGAAGGGAGGAAUCCUGGACCCUUUUCAUUCACAUCCAAUCUUUCUGGAUUUCUUUCAGGGUGUCACACCUGGCAGGUGAAUUUGGGCUGUGAACUCAGGGAAGAUGGGAGCAAAAGAGGAUUUUUGCAUUAUGGCUACGAUGGGAGGGACUUCAUCAGCUUCGACAAGGAGACCCUUAGAUGGGUGACAGCUCAGCCCCAGGCCAAGAAGGUGAAGGAGAAGUGGGAGGAGGACCCAAGGUGGUCCCAUGGAAACAAAGUCUUCCUGGAGAAGACCUGCAUUGAGUGGCUUCAGAGAUACCUGUCCUACCAGAAGGAAGUUCUGCAGAGGAUUGAGCCUCCGGUGGGGAAGGUGACUCACAAGGUGGUGGAUGACAGCCUGGAGGUCCUCAUCUGCCAGGCCUUUGGCUUCUACCCCAAGGAGAUCCAGGCCACCUGGAGGAGGGAUGGAGAGGUCUUCCAGAAUGAGACCCUCCGAAGGAACGUGGCCCCCAACUCAGAUGGGACCUAUUAUGUCCUGCUCAGCAUUGAGAUCGACCCCAAGGAGAGGGACCGUUUUCGGUGUUACCUGGAGCACGAGGGCUUGUGGGAGCCCCUGGUCUUGGCCUGGAAAGAAGAAACAGGUGAGAGCUCAAAUAUGGUGGAUUUCCUUGGGAAUUGUGAUUUCCAUGAUCUUGAUUCUCUUCCUGAUAUGGACACUAAAGUGACAGGUCAAGAUAGGUGUGAUGAUAAUGACUCAAAUAAGCAGGGGAUACUGGUCCAAGAUGAAGAACUUAUUUUUGAUAGGGGAAAGUGUGAAACAGAUAUUACACAUCAGUCACACAAGAAGAGCAAGGUAUCCAAAAAGAGAAGUCACCUUCUGAUUGGUGAUUCAAUGCAUGAAGCAUCCUGUGGGUCAUCGGGGCCUCAGAAUGCCCUCAAAGCCAUUGUGUCAAAAUUGUCCAUGCAAAAACAGAAGCACCCGACGGUCACAAGGUGUCAAUCGUCGGCUGGAGAGUUGGCGGUACCUUUACAGGCACCGGUUGAAGCAGGAGCAACAGAGUCUGGCGUGAGAAUGAUCAGCCAGCCCAUGGUCAACCCAGGAUCCCUAUUCCAAUGCCCGAAAGUCUCAGAAGGUGAAGUGUUUGUACUUUCAGUGUUUUAA